AUGGUACUCUUAUUGGAUGUUAGAGAUACAGAUGAAUAUUCAGUAUGUCACAUCCAGACAGCUUAUAGAUAUCCAGCUGCUACAGUGAAUAGAACUGUUAAUCCAUUUACACCUGAAAUGCUUUCUUUUAAAAAUCAUCCUCUCAAAAAAAUUGUAAUAUAUGACAGGGACGAAAAGAUUGCUUGUCCUGCUGCCAACCUUCUCUUUGAAAAGGGUUUUGAUAAUAUUGUAGUUCUUAGUGGAGGCUUACAAGAAUUCUUCCAAAAACACCCAGAGCUCAUUGUUGGAGAAGUGCCAAAGGAAUGGUAUCCUCCUGUUCUAAAGAAGAAAACAAGACCUCCUUCUGUCGCUAGCUUGAACUCAACAAAGAAGGCUUCGAUUACAAAAGAGAAGACGAAAUCAACAGGACCAAAACCAUUCAAGUAA